CAAUCUACGUUCAAAAUGGCGGUUAAGUGUGGAGACAAACUACCAAAUGUGUAUGUGCAUGAAAAUACGCCUGAUUCGAAAGUAAACAUCUCACAGCUAGCAGCUGGUAAGAAAGUUGUCAUCCUCGGGGUCCCCGGAGCCUUCACUCCUUGCUGCUCCAAGACUCAUGUACCUAGUUUUAUCUCGGAUUACGACAAGUACAAAUCCAAAGGCGUCGAUGAAAUCAUCUGUAUUGCUGUAAACGAUCCUUAUGUUAUGGAUGCAUGGGGAAAAGAUCUCAACGCAGAAGGGAAGGUUCGCAUGCUGGCAGAUACUAACGGCGCUUUCACGAAGGCCAUGGGCCUCGAAAAAGAUUUCACGGAUUCGUUGGGCACCAUCAGAUGCAAACGUUUUUCGUUGUAUGCUGAAGACGGAGAGAUAAAGAAACUGUGCGUUGAACCUGAUGGCAACAGCGUCACUUGCUCGAAAUCUGAGAAUCUUUUAUCGCAAUUGUAA